AUGAACCAAGGGAAUGAUACAGGAAUUUCAGAAUUUCUUCUUAUGGGAUUUUCAGAUGAACAAGAAUUGCAGCCCCUGAUUUUUGUAUUUUUCCUCUCCAUGUACCUCAUCACUGUGUUUGGCAACCUGCUCAUCAUCCUAGGUGUCAGCUCAGACUCCCACCUCCACACACCCAUGUACUUCUUCCUCUCCAACCUGUCCUUUGUAGACAUCUGUUUCACCUCCACCACCAUCCCAAAGAUGCUGUGGAACAUCCAGACUCACAGCAAAGUCAUAACGUAUGAAGAGUGCAUCAUCCAGAUGUAUUUUUUUGUAAUCUUUGCAGUAUUGGACAUCUUUCUUUUGACGGUGAUGGCCUAUGACCGCUUUGUGGCCAUCUGUCACCCCCUGCUCUACACAGUCAUCAUGAACCCCCGACUCUGUGUAUUGCUGGUUCUGGCAUCCUGGAUUAUGAGUCUCCUGCAUUCCUUUUUACAAAGCUUAAUGGUAUUGCGACUGUCCUUCUGUACUGACUUGCAAAUUCCCCACUUUUUCUGUGAACUCAAUCAGAUGGUGCAACUUGCCUGUUCUGACACAUUCCUCAAUAACAUGAUGAUGUGUUUCGCCGCUGUCCUACUGGGUGUUGGUUCUCUCACUGGUAUAAUUUACUCAUACUCUAAGAUAGUAUCCUCCAUAUAUGGACUUUCAUCAGCUUAUGGGAGGUAUAAAGCAUUUUCAACCUGUGCAUCUCACCUCUCAAUUGUCUCCUUAUUUUACUGUACAAGCCUAGGAGUGUACCUUAACUCUGCUGCUACCCGCAGCUCCCAUUCAAAUGCAGAAGCCUCAGUGAUGUACACCUUGGUCACACCCAUGCUGAACCCCUUCAUCUAUAGUCUGAGGAACAAAGAUAUAAAGAGGGCUCUGAAAAUGUUCUUUGGGAUGAUGUCUAUAAAAAGAUGUCUGUCUUUUUUAUAA